AUGGAAGGUCAAGCGCAACCGCAGGAGAAGCCUGCCCAAGAGGCGCCUGCACCUAACAACAACGCGCCGCCGCCGCCCCAGCAAAUGUCCAUCCCAACUCAUCCUAUGCCUGACGCGGCCAACGGAUUCCAUCACAACUUGCAAGCGCCUAUGGACCAGGUUCUUCCCGAAGCUCUGCAGGAGGUCAUCCCAGGAGCCAUGCCUGAGAUCCUUCCCGGCAUGCUGCCCCCAGGCGGCGAGAUGUUCAUGCCGCUUCUUCAACCAGACGCCCAGCAGAUGCUCCUGAACAACGGCGCCUUAUCGAAUAUUCCUGUUAAUGAAAUGAGCGCAGAUGAGAUCGCGCUUUACGACCGUCAGAUCCGCCUCUGGGGUAUGAAGGCCCAGGAGAAGAUCCGCAAUGCCAACAUCCUUCUCAUCACGAUGAAGGCCCUUGCGAACGAGAUCGCCAAGAACCUUGUCCUGGCUGGUAUUGGUACUCUCACUAUUCUCGAUGGUGCUGCCGUCUCAGAGUCCGAUCUCGGUUCACAAUUCUUCCUUUCUGAGGAGGAGAACCACGUCGGUCAAAACCGCGCUCAGGCUGCCGCUGCCUCCAUCCAGAAGCUCAACCCGCGCGUCAAGGUCCAAGUCGAUGCCGAGGGCAUCAAGUCUAAGGGAACCAGCUACUUUUCAGGAUUCGAUAUCGUCAUCGCUACCGACCUCGACCCGGACUCCCUCAAUAUCAUCAACACCGCCACCCGUCUGCACCAGAAGGCCUUCUACGCUGCUGGUACCCAUGGCAUGUAUGGUUUCAUCUUCUCCGAUCUGAUCGAGCACGACUACGUCAUUGAGAGGGAUCUCGGCAACGUCGCGACAAAACUGCAGCCUGAGACGAGGACCCGCAGUGUUGUCACCGUGAACACCAAGAAGGAGGGCGGCAAGAACAUCGAGAUGGUCACGAAGCGCGAACUCUACUCAACCUGGUACCUUGCUAGUGACGGUGCCACGUUGCCUGAAGAGUACGCGAAGAGCCAGCGUCGCAAGAAGGCCGUCAGCCCUGUGCUCUCCUGCUUGAGAGCUCUCUGGGACUUCCAGGUCCUUAACGGCGGUCGUUUGCCCAACCAUAACAAGGAGGACCUCGGCCUGUUCACCAAGCUCGCCACGGCUAAGCACGCCCAGCUUGGUCUUCCAUCCGAGACUUUGAAAUCUGAGGUCCUUCGGAGCUUCUUGCAGAACAUCGGCAGCGAGAUGGCCCCUGUCACCGCUAUUCUCGGAGGUCAACUCGCGCAGGACGUCAUCAACGUCCUUGGACAGACUCAGCAGCCCAUUCAGAACAUGGUUGUUUUCGAUGGCAACAGCAUGGAGUCUUCCGUCUACCCACUGCACCCCGUCGGCGAGCUCGGUCGAGGUCUGCUUUCGCUCGCUGGGCCGAGUGGUCUCAUGCCCAACGGAGGUGGCAUGGUCCCUGGCCCCAGCAUGAUGAUGAAUAUGGACGGCACGGUGGACUUUGGUGGUAACCCGAUCAUGACUCAGUAA